UCCGCGCAGCCGCCAUGUUCCUUCUCGCGCCCGCUUCCGGUGCCUGGAGUCGGCGCGAGCGCGGCUCAGAGUCGCUCACCAGGCGUUGUGAGGGCUGCCGCGAGUCCCCGUCAGACAGCCACGAACCCAGCGCAGAACGGCACGGCAAGACACGACAUAGCCCGCUCGAACCGCCUUCCGGGGACAUUGACACUUUGACAGUCGGCCACUUCGUCACGAUAACAACAUACCGCCUCGACGACCUUUUUUUUUUCCGACUGACGUGGUGGGGAAGAGCGAACGACAGUUGGCGGUUCGGCUCCGGGGUUCUGUCCGAAUGGAAUGGCAGCAGCGGCCAGCACCGCUCAUGGCUUUCGGAUUAUCCCCGACCCCGUAACUCGCACAGUUGUCUCAUCCAGCCUUUAGCUUUUUCUUUCCACCGGAGUUCUUCUACCGGAAAGCCACUCCAAUAUCGACGCAACUGUUUUGUUUUGGGUUUUCUUCCUCCGUCGGAAGGUCGCCCAAGUUCCACCAGGCGGGCCUGGCCUGGUCUGGCCUGAAGCGCGGAGCCUCGAGCUCGAGUGGGACGUACCUGCCGGGUUCGAAGCUCCUUGUCCGGCUGAAGUUAUCGCCAACAAGCCGCAUACUACUCACUGAUCACGAAGUGCCCCCCCCCCAUCGUCCCCUACUUGGACACUGACUGAUGCAGUCGAAUGACAGCUCUUUUUUUGAAGAGCCCUUGAGUAUUUGCGUUUUUAUUUUCCAGGAUUUAGCUCCUUGGAAGCUACUUUCCUGCCCUUUUAAGAAGAUGAGUACGGACACGUAGCCGGCUGACGGAUCGCUUCUUGGCUGAGCUGUUAAUGAGGAACUCAACCUGUUGAUCUCCCCGAAUCGAUGUGUGUCCGAGCCUGAAAAGCUUCGCCACCCUUUCCAUCCAUCCCCCACUUUUUAUUCUAUUGUUUUAUUUUUAUUAGAAUUUAUUAAAAUGUCGACGAGAGCGCCGCUGGUGACGGUCAACGAGCACUCGACAGGCCAGUCUCACUCCGAGUCUAAAGCAGGGGUCCGGUCCAGCAUGCCUCGGUGCCGAAGCUCCAUUGCUGCAACGACAGAAGAGCAGCCGCACAUUGGCCAUUACCGACUGCUCAAGACCAUUGGCAAGGGAAACUUUGCUAAGGUCAAGCUUGCAAGACAUGUCCUCACAGGGAAGGAGGUGGCAGUGAAAAUCAUAGACAAGACUCAGCUGAAUUCUUCUAGUCUCCAAAAGCUGUUUCGGGAAGUGAGGAUAAUGAAACUCUUGAACCACCCCAAUAUUGUGAAAUUGUUUGAAGUAAUUGAGACAGAGAAGACCCUGUACCUAGUGAUGGAAUAUGCCAGUGGAGGUGAAGUGUUUGAUUACCUUGUUGCUCAUGGGCGGAUGAAGGAGAAGGAAGCUAGAGCUAAGUUUCGACAGAUUGUGUCGGCAGUGCAGUACUGUCACCAGAAGUGCAUCGUGCAUCGAGAUCUCAAGGCUGAGAACCUCCUUCUAGAUGCUGACAUGAACAUCAAGAUUGCCGACUUCGGCUUUAGCAAUGAGUUUACUCUGGGCAACAAGCUGGACACGUUCUGCGGCAGCCCCCCAUAUGCUGCCCCUGAGCUCUUCCAGGGAAAGAAAUAUGACGGCCCAGAGGUUGAUGUGUGGAGCCUGGGGGUCAUCCUGUACACAUUGGUCAGCGGAUCACUGCCCUUUGAUGGACAGAACCUCAAGGAACUGCGUGAACGGGUACUAAGGGGGAAGUACAGGAUCCCCUUCUACAUGUCCACUGACUGUGAGAACCUGCUGAAGAAGUUCCUCAUCCUAAACCCCACCAAGCGGGGCAGCCUGGAGCAGCAGAUCAUGAAGGACCGUUGGAUGAAUGUGGGCCAUGAGGAUGACGAACUUAAACCCUACCAGGAGCCACAACCCGACUACAAGGACCCCAGGCGGACAGGUCAGCGUCCUGGCACAGGAGGGGAUUGGAAGAGAGAGCUCAUGAUACAAAUGGGCUACUCCCAGGAUGAGAUCCAGGACUCCCUUGUCAACCAAAAAUACAAUGAGGUCAUGGCUACGUACCUGCUGCUGGACUACAGGAACUCAGAGCUGGGUGAGGGUGUGAACCUCUUACUGAAGCCCCGCCCUUCUGACAUCAACAGCAGUGUUCAGUCUCCACCUCACAAGGUACAGCGCAGUGUCUCAUCCAGUCAGAAACCCCGGAGAGCCACUGAUCAAGGCCCCACCUCUUACUCCAAGCGUUCCCAUGGUGACAACAAACAUACCACGCCAGAAGAUGCUGGGAGAAAAGGUUCAGGUGGCUCUGCCAAAGUGCCCCCUAGCCCCUUGCCUUCGGGCGACCGUAAAAAAGCGACUCCCACCCCCUCCACAAACAGUGUCCAGUCCACUGGUACGAGUCGGAGUCGCAGCUCUCCGGCCCCUGAGAGAGCCACGCUGGGGGUGCAGAAUGGGAAGGACAGCUUGAACACCCCUGGGUCCCGUGCCUCCACCACCUCGGCAGCUAUCAUCCUGUCAGGCACCACCUCCUCCCGCCCACGCCACCACAAGUCCCUGUCCUCUUCCACCCACCCAUGCCCCCCUGACCUCCAUGCACAGCAGCCCAGCACCACCCCUCAGAGAAUGCCAGUGGCGUCUCCCUCUGCACACAACAUCAGUAGCUCCACGGUGACAGACCGCACCAACUUCUCCAGAGGGGUGGCCAUCCGCAACACCUUCCACGCGGGGCAGAGGCCAUCGCGAGAGCAGCACGGGACACCGGCCUCCCCAUCCCUCUCCCAGGGAAACAGCCAGCCGCGCCGUCCUGCAGCCUCGGGCAUCUUCAGCAAGUUCACCUCCAAGUUUGUGCGCAGAACUUUCUCAUUAAGAUUAACCAAAAGGAGUCCUUAUGAGGGGGAGGCGCGAGAUGAUUCCGACAGGCCCAUGCUCAGUGCUGUGGAUAAGACGGAGAAGGGUCCUGCAGGGACGCUGGGCUCAGCGGGCAGUGACAACAGGGAUUCGCUGCUGCCCUCCCCCACAGCGCCGGGCACAACCGUCCCCCCGGGGCCGCACCACAACCUCCACUCGGGCAAGGACCCCAAGCCGCGUUCGCUGCGGUUCACUUGGAGCAUGAAGACGACGUCAUCCAUGGAACCCAGCGAGAUGAUGAAGGAGAUCCGCAAGGUGCUGGACUCCAACAGCUGCGAGUACGAGCCACGUGAGCGCUACAUGCUGCUGUGCAUGUCCGGCGACCCGACACGGGACGACUUUGUCCAGUGGGAGAUGGAGGUGUGCAAGUUGCCCCGCCUCUCGCUCAACGGCGUGCGCUUCAAACGCAUCUCUGGUACCUCCAUUGCCUUCAAGAACAUCGCGUCCAAGAUCGCCAAUGAGCUCAAGCUGUGAACGUGGUGGAUCAGAGGGGAGGGCAGAGACGAGGUGAGCUGGUCGUGGGGAGAUGGGGAGGAACGAGGAGGUGUGACGCGGAAGCAGGAGAGAGCUCUGCUACUGACCGUGGGGUGGAGCGCAGCUGCUGUAUUACAGAAGACUGUACCGCAGAUUCAGAUUUUCUUUGAGGAGAUGUUCUUGUUUGAGGUUCCUCUACCCUUCCCCUAGCCAGUUACUUUUUAUUGUCCUCUUAACCUCUGGCAAUUUUUUUUGCUCCCUGUUUUAUUUUUUCUUGAAACUUUAUUCAGAAAGAGUGGAGUAGAGUGGCAACGGAGAGACCUGAACAUGUGGGCUUCCUUUUCUUUGUCCUUAACCACGCCAGCUCCUGUCCUUGCGGCCUGUAACCUCGGUCCCCUCUUUUAACCCCCUUCCAGAAGCAGAACUACAUUAGUGCGCUGUAUUACUUGAGUAUUUUGUCGCCUGUGCCCAGGUUGCUGUUGUACAUGCACAGAGAGCAGCGUGGCACAACACUCCGAAUGUGAAAAAACAGUUAACGUUGGGAUGUCACUGGACCUACCGAGCCCUUGGGCAGCCAUCACCGGCAACCGUUUACGUACCAGUAAGAACUUUUUGGGCCAAAGCGGUUCGGCCUAAGGGUGAUGUGCUGUCCUUCAGUGUUGGUCUUCACAGUGGUCUUUCGUAUUCAUAAAGCCUCACCUUGACAACACAAAACAUUAGUGUCUUACUGGAAGGUAAAGUGAGAGCGUGGAUUUGGUUACUUUUUUUUUUUUUUUUUCCUACUGCAGGGGUCAUUUAUCUGAUUUAACUAAGGGCCAAUUUAGUAAUUACUGGUGAACUGUAUUGUAAUUAAAAAUUGCUGGUUGGUUUCAAAGCACUGGAAUGCAUCUCUUUUGUUGCCUUUUUGGAGAAAAUUAUUAAUAUUAUAAGAAUAAAGAAAAUUGAAUGAC